AAUAACAUCGCAAACAACACCACAGAAAGAAAAACGAAGGAACGGCCGUACGCGAGCACCCGUUCCCACGUUCCAGUGAAAUAAUUGUGCUUCAGAAGUUGGCCAAUAAUAUGAAAACCAGCAUCCCCUCAUGAGAAAGGAAACAGAGUGCUAGAAAUUGUCCAUUCCACCCGACAGUGGGUUCGUGUGUGUGUGUGUUUACAAAACAAGGCUCACUCCAGCAUCGUAUCUAGGAGGCCAGGAAAGUCGGCAGCAUCCGCAAGAGGGUAGCGCAACGACGGCACAAUGGUGGCACGCGCGGGACGAAGCCGUUUCUUCGCCUGCCUGGCGCUGCUGAUACUGAUGGUCGGCUUCGUGACGAUGUUCCACAGCUCGCAGCAGCAGCUGGAUGAGCUGCGGCAGCUAGGGCUGCGGUGCGAGCAGCAGCAGAAAUCCGUCCAGGCCCAGAUGGAGGUGAUCGUCGACCAGAAGCUGCGGCUGGAAAACUCGCUCGAGUCGGAGCGCAUGAUCAACGAGGCGAACCGGAAGGAGCUGAAGCAGAAGGCGAAAGAGGAGCAGGAAGAGCACAGCAAAUCCUCGAUGGAGGCCAACAUCCGGUACGCUUCGCUGCAGCAGCAGUGCAACCUCGUCAAGAGCCAGCUCGGCGACGUAACGGAGGAAUGCAGCCGCAGCAAGAAGCAACAGUCGGAGGAGAUCAACUCGCUCCGGCUGAAGGUGUCGGAGUUGCAGGGCAAGGUGCAGCGGUACCAGCAGGAGUCCGCCAACGAUGUGGAGCAUCUGAAGGCACAAAUAGUGCAACUGAAGAGCGACAAGCUCAACCUGGAGGCGACGCUGCGCCGCCAGCUCGCCGACAAGGAUCAUGUGAUCGAGCAGAUGCGCGAUCUGGCGACCAAGAUGGAGAAGGAGAACGCACACUACCUCGAACAUUGCAAGCUGCCGGCGGAGCAGCAACCGAAGCAGCACCACCGCUACCGGGACGUGCUGGAGGCGCUGUCCAGGGACGCAGCGAAAGUGAACGCCCUGCCGGCGCACAGCUUCAACGAGCAGCUAUCCGUGAGUGAAGACUUGUACCGCAUACCGAUCGCGUUGAAGGUCCGCCACCUGGCCGCCCCGGCUGCCAACUCCCCCACGGUAUCUAUCGGUCUGUCGCCCUCAACCCUAUCUCCCCCUUCCGCCACUAACCAACGGUCCGACGGCAUGGUGGUGCCGCGGGCCUCCGAGGAGCAGGAGACGCGUGUCAUCGCCAAUCCGUUCGAUGUCGUGCCGCGUGCGGCGAUGGAUCCGGAACGACGACGCGAUGAGCCCGGACGCGCUCCAACUAACACUGCCGGUGGCGCCAGCGUCCUGGACGCUCGCACCCCGCCCCAUCCGCCCCUCGAUGGUGGUAUCAUUAAUUCUGUGGAAAAUUUUCAGAUCAUUCCAAAGCCGCUGCCGGCGGUCGGCGCUCCGGACGGCGCCCAAGCAAGCAACGUGCUGCAGGAGCCCCAGCUAAUGAAGACGUCCACCUCGGUGUCGACCAGCGGAAAGCGGUCGUCCGACCGUAACCUGCAGCUGCCGAUACUGGCCGCGCCGACCGUUCUGCCCGGCCCGUCCCUGGAGCAGUCGAGCAAGCGGAGCAACGGCAACGGUCGGGCUGCGUCGGAUGGCGGUGGUGGAACACUUUCAGCGAGCAGCGGUAGCACCAGUACCACCACUUCCACCACCACCACAACUAGCGCACCGGUACGCAAGGCGAACCGAUCGGCCGGUUCGGCCGCACGGAAACCACUGAGCAACCGGCACACCAAGCAGGUCCCGGUUGGUAUCGUCCCGUUCCCCGACAUCAUGCCCGAGCUGGAGGAAAACAUUAGCGAAAACAUCCUGGACAAUCGGUACGCCAACGUGGCGGCCGAUGCUGCUGCUGCCGGUGGAUCGACGGGAGGCGGCGUUGGCCGUGCUGGCGCAGCAGCCGGUGCCGCCAGUUCGGUCGCCAUGGCGAAAAAGAGCCCAUCGGACAAGCGCGGCGCAGUGGGCGGUGAUUUGAACUUUCUGAACGGUGGCGGUGCAGCCAACGCGGGCGACGAUAACGGGGCGCACGAGGUGCAGGAUGCCGAGACGAGGGUAAAACGGCCGGGGCACGAUACGGCCGACGGUGAGCGUGGUGCCGACGGUGGAUUACCGGCCGGCGAUGACGAUCAGCUGGGCGUGGGCAACGAGAACAAUCUCAACGCGGCCGAAGAGGACACGAAUUUGUAUGAUAAUGCAAACGAUGCGGGUGUCGGUGGAGUCGCUCCCAAGGCACCGUUCGGUGCGGACCACCACCAUCAGCUCGAUUACAACGAUGUGAUGGUGCCGGGGCACGGUAUCGGUCGGCGCAUCGGAGCGAAGCGGCGUGAAGGGGGGGCCGCCGGCGGUGGACUCGAUAGCAAGGGCGGCAUUAUCGACCGGUUGGGCGACAAGCUGAUCAACGAAAUUGCCCACGACCACGGCAAGGAGGGCGACAAUUAUCCGAACGAAAUGGAGGAUCUGCAUUUGGUGGGAAAUGAAGCUGAGGAGGAGGAUGUGAGCGAUUACGAUGAUCCUACAGCACUGAAACAGGGACACGCUGAGCGUAACUAGAGGCCCGAUGGACUGCUCGGUCGCCUGCUGUGAACGUUCGCCAACUGACUGAACUGAACAUGAAGCUUUGCUUAGCAAAAUGUGCAUAGCAGUGGGAGAGAUUUAGGUCAAAUCAUGCUCUGGGAUGGUUCAGUGAUCAUCAUAACCCUCCCCCUUCAUCGUACCUCGAGACUAGGCAAGAAUUCCAUUCAUUAACAAUCAAGCAAAGACUCCAACUUACUCAGCAUACCGCAUAGCGAGCGCGGUAAAGGAAGCAAAUUCAUCACACCGUUUCCAGUUUCCAUUUUCGUUGUACUUGUUAGAUGUUUGCACACCAUCUUCGUUAGAAAUAAUUGCUUCCUUUAUCUAUCUCUCUCCCUCGGCUCUAAACCCUGCGCAAUUUUAUGGAAAGUGCUUCAAGAUCCCAACUCAAAUAAGCAGUAGUGAGUAUCGUAUAGAUGCUCUAUCAUUGUAUUAGCCAAUAGCAUUUAAUGACACCACACAAGAGUCAACUACCCCAUACAAUCAGAGCCACCAAUCACCACUGCUUCCAAUACUCGUCCCUCGUCAUCCCAAUUCAUCCAUUGAUAGAUCUCUAUAGUUUCCAUACUUUUGUUUCUGUUUUUUAAAGCUUUCGUCGAGUGUGUGUGUGUGUGUAUUGGUAUCACGCGCAUCUGUUGAUUUUUCUUGUUAUCUAUGCUAACGUCACCAACAAAUGCCAUAUUUGUUCCUUCCUUGUUUUAAUUUAUGUUUAAACUAAUCUGAAUGUCUUUCCCGAUAAAAAUUGUGCUAUCGACAUGCUGCGACGAGGGGAUUCGGUUACUCAAAGGUAGAUAAUACUCAAGAGGAGGAUAUGAUGGUACUAAAAGCGUUGAAGGCGAAUCAGGAUCUACUACUUAAGCGUACACAUUUGGACAAUGUUUUAUGACGAGGCUACUUACUCAAUGCGCAAAACAAAAACGCCCAACGAACGAACGAACGGUACUUAUUAACGUGGUACCGUUGUGUACGGUUAGGAAAACUCAAAACUCAGAAAAGCCCUCUCUAUCCCUCUCUCUCUCUUUGUCGUUUCUCGUUUAGUGAUAAUGCUGUAAGAAGCAAGACAUCUGUUAGUUUGUAAGGUAGGGCCCCGAAGCGAUCGAGCGAUGUAUAUUGUAUGUGAUUGAGAUGACUUUUCCCCGUGCUGCAGGUGCACACAGACAGAGCACAAAUCAGCCACGAUUUUAGUGCAAGUUGCAAAGCCACGGGAACCGAAGGAAGCCGAGACCGUUUGACUGGCUUCAUGAACUUUUGGGCAGCAUAGUGUGUAAGACGGUAAAUUGCAAGAAGAUAUAUAUAUUAAUUCAAACGUACUGGUUAGUUGUAACACAACAAAAAAGGAUCGUAAUAAAAUUGUAUUACUUUACGAAACGCGGUUCGAGUAAAUGA